AUAUAAGCUUCCUGAAGAAAAAUAAAAACCCAUUUGCGGUGAGAGAGAUAAGAUGCAGAUCUUUGUGAAAACCCUAACAGGGAAGACCAUAACCCUUGAAGUUGAAUCCAGCGAUACCAUCGACAAUGUCAAGGCCAAGAUUCAGGACAAGGAAGGUAUUCCACCGGACCAGCAGAGACUGAUCUUUGCUGGUAAACAGCUUGAAGAUGGGCGUACACUGGCUGAUUAUAAUAUCCAAAAAGAGUCGACUCUGCAUCUUGUUUUGAGGCUCCGUGGUGGGAUCAUUGAACCAUCUCUUAUGGCAUUGGCCAGGAAAUACAACCAAGAUAAGAUGAUUUGCCGCAAGUGCUAUGCCCGUCUGCAUCCUCGUGCCGUGAACUGCAGGAAGAAGAAAUGCGGCCAUAGCAACCAGUUGAGGCCAAAGAAGAAGAUCAAGUAGAGAGGCAGUUGCAUUUCCUGUCUAGAUGCUAUUCAAAUUGGCAUCAUUUUGUAGUUCUUCUGCUUAGCUCACUUUUUGGUGGAUCUCUAUGCCAAUUACAUGAUUUUGUAGUUCUUUUGCUUAGCUCACAUUUUUGUGGACCUAUCGUUGUCUGUUUAACUGCCACACAUUUGUUUCAACUCCAGUUCCAUUUACAAAAAGAAUUUUGUGCU